CAUCUCGCUCGCAGUACCUUUGUCCAGCUUCCAAGGAGGUAGCUAGCGAGUGGGUGGAAUCAUGUGACCUUGUGAUGUCACCUGCACUCAGAAUGUUUAUCGUCUGGACAAUCCAGCUGGCCUCAGGGAGCAGGCCUGGGACCGCCAUACUCUGCAGUGGUCAGAUUAUGGAGAACUUCUCACUCCUCAGCAUCUCUGGACCUCGAAUCUCUUCCUCUGCCCUGAGCACGUUUCCCGACAUCAUGUCCUCACGUACCAGCUUACCAGACUGCACCCUGGGGGAGCCCCAGAAUGGGGAACAGCUGAGGCAGAACUGCACCAUCUACCGGCCCUGGUUCUCCCCGUACAGCUACUUUGUCUGCAAGGACCAAGACAGCUGCCUGGAGGCUGACAGCCUCCCUGAGGUGCAGAUGGAGGGCAGGGUGGACAGCUGCCUUCCAGAGGAUAUGGCCGCCAGCAUCUGCUCAUCCUCUUCCUCCCCAGAAAAUGCAUGUCCCCGAGAGACCACCAAGAAACCCAAGCCCGGCCUGGACUGCACAGACCUGAUUACAUCCCAAGACAUCCUGGCUGCCUCCAGGUGGCACCCGGCCCAGCAGAAUGGCUACAAGUGUGCGGCCUGCUGCCGCAUGUACCCCACUCUGCACUCGCUCAAGAACCACAUCAAGGGGGGCUUCAAGGAGGGCUUCAGCUGCAGGGUGUAUUACCGCAAGCUCAAGACCCUCUGGGACAAGGAGCAGAAGGCCCGGCCAGGAGACAGGCUCUCCUUGGGCGGUUGCCAGGCCUUGAAGUAGUCCCGCUGGACACCUCAGGUAAACAGGGGUGAGGCGAUUUAUGUCUCAAGAGAAAUGCCAAUAAAUCAAAGCUAGUCACAGCCUCCUGUCACGUCUGCGGUUACCCCCCACACCUGCUGUCGGGUUCCAUCUCCUUGGGCUAGUGAUUGCCUAGCAACAGGCCCACUUCCCUGCUCCCACCCUCUCUUCCUCUUUCUUUUUUAAAGUUUAUUUAAUUCUCCUAUGGGAGAGGCAGGAUCCUCACACCAGGACCCACACCUCCAGUGUCUGCCAACCUUGAUCACAGGGACAGAUGCUCAAUACAUACAGGGAGGACCUUGGAGAACUGGGGACAUUCCUGCAUGGGCCCACAUGAAAAUGGGGACAUUACCACUGCACCACCUCCUGAUCCCCUUCCCUCUUCAAAUAAAAAGAAUACCUGAGGUUCAGGGAUAUCAUCUAAAGCAGUAGUUUUCAAGACGAGGUGCCCAGACCUGCAGCAUCAGCAUCCCCUAGGAAUUAGCAAUGAGAUGGCCAGG